CAGAAACAAAAAACAAAAAGUAGACUUCAACUACCUUGAUUAAUAAUAUAUGGCCUGCUAUACCGGUAGAAGAAAGCAUACAUACAAUUAAUCAAUUCGUAGCCGGACUUCCCAGAGACAAAUGUAUCUUUCUAAAUCGACCUGGAGCCAGAUAUCUGAGAGUAUAAAUUCCAAAUGUUAGGAACCUUGUAAUCAAAAUCACUAAACUAAAUUCUCUCAAACUUGAUUAAACGAGAUCUUAAGCUUUCUGCAUUACUUUUGGAAAUGAAUGUUGAUUAUGGCCACCAACCUCAGCAGUCCAGGUGGUCCGGUGGCCUUUGUAGCUGCGGAGAAGAUGUUGUUACAUGUUGCAUAGCAUGUUUUCUCCCAUGCAUCACCUUCGGCCAAAUUGCUGAAACUGUGGACGAAGGACAAAGCUCUUGCGUAAACCAAGCCAUAGUCUACGGGUUGUUGUGGACGAUUCAGUGCCAUUGGUUCUACUCGUGCAUAUACAGAGAGAAAUUACGCCAAAAAUAUGGUUUGCCUGAGGAGCCUUGUUGUGAUUGUUGUGUUCAUUUCUGCUGCGAAUCAUGUGCUCUUUGCCAAGAACAUGCUGAGCUCAAAUAUAGAGGAUUCCAUCCCGCCGCAGGUUGGGUUGGGCCACCAACCGUUGCUCCACAGGUGCCUCCUUCCAUGUUCAAAUGA